CAUUGGGCCACCUGUAUGGCACAAUGGUUUGGGAAGAUGCAGGGACCUUCCAGGUGUGAGGAUGUGUACUGAAGGCCAUCGACAGCACUGCUGAUACCUGAGCCUGUCCCAGCCUGUGGCACCUGUGGGGUUUUGGCUGGUCUUGACCAUAUCAAGAGUGAGAUAAGGAGACCUUGUGCCUCAGGGGAGGUGGGGUGAGGGGGCAGUGUCCUGGUGAAGUCAGUUCUCGAGGCUGGGGGGCAGCAGGGCUGACCAGCACCUCACUGACACCGUCAUGGGUAGGGGGCUGCCCCAGGAGGGACCCUGUGCCCCAGGAGGCAGCCUGCCCCUUCCCAGAGCAGGGCCAGGUGUCCCCACCAUGGCCCAGCAUGGUGCCAGCGCAUGACAGGCAGAUGUGGCCAUUCCCAGGUGGGACGGUGAGUGCGAUAAGAGUGGGUGAUGGGGCUGAGGAGUCCCUGUGCCAACAGCUUGGGACAGUCCCCACGUGUCAGCGGCAGGCAGGGCCACUCCAAGGUCGCCAGCAGUCCGGACACUAUAAGAGGGGUGAGCAGCCCCAUUGCGGCACCUUUGCUCAGCACAACCAUGCUGGGAGCCGUCUGUCUCUUCCUGCUGCUGGGCUACGCCUACGGAUGCGGUCAGCCGGCCGUGCCACCACAGCUGAGCUCCCGCGUGGUGGGCGGUGAAGAUGCUGUAGCCCACAGCUGGCCAUGGCAGAUCUCGCUGCAGUACAGCCGCUCUGGGUCCUGGAAUCACUAUUGUGGCGGGACCCUCAUUGCCCCCCAGUGGGUGCUGACAGCUGCCCACUGCAUCAGCUCUUCCCUAACCUACCGUGUGGCGCUGGGCAGGCAGGACGUGUCACAGGCUGAUGAGCCCGGUUCUCUAGCUGUGGCUGUGGAGAAGAUUAUCGUCCAUGAGAAGUGGAACUCCUACUACAUCACCAAUGACAUUGCCCUGGUCAAGCUGGCAGAGGAGGUGCAGGAGACUGACAACAUCCGUGCUGCCUGCCUGCCAGCUGCUGACAAGGUCCUGCCCAACGACUACCCCUGCUAUGUCACCGGCUGGGGAAGCAUGAGGACCAACGGGCCCCUGGCUGACAUUCUGCAGCAGGCUCUGCUGCCUGUGGUGGAUUAUGAAACCUGCUCCAGUUGGGACUGGUGGGGCAGCAACGUGCGCAGCACCAUGGUGUGUGCCGGCGGCGAUGGCGUCGUCUCUGGAUGCAACGGCGAUUCUGGAGGCCCCCUGAACUGCCAGCGCGAUGAUGGGAUCUGGGAGGUCGAGGGCAUCGUCAGCUUCGGCUCCAGCCGGAGCUGCAACUUGAAAAGGAAGCCAACAGUCUUCACCCGGGUGUCUGCCUACAUCGACUGGAUCAACAAGAAAAUGAGCACGAACUGAGGACGCGGCAUUGUGGAGAUACCACUGUUGACCAAGAUAAAAGCAAAAAUGCUGA